CUUUCUCGGCCUUUUGGCUAAGAUCAAGUGUAGUAUCUGUUCUUAUCAGUUUAAUAUCUGAUAUGUGGGCCAUCGGCUCACACGAUAUUAACUCUAUUUUUUAAGGGAGAAGGCCCAUUAGGAUAGCUUGCUAUCUGGGCUUUAACGAGUCGCCCAUGCGUUGCACUACUGCAAGGGCCUGGCUCAACCCGCCAAUCAUCUAGUCAAUUUUUAUUUCCUCUGAAUUAAUAAAGUUAAGUAAAUCAUAAUUAAAAUCAAAUAAAUCUGAAAUUACAGUCACUGACUAAAACAAAGGAAAAGCUUAAGAACAUGGCGAACCCUAGAAGAGGAGUGAUCGAGAACCAUAGAUUGUUGUCACCUUUAAUCAAUCUACUGAAGAAGCCUCAAGCGAUUCCUCUGCUUCUCUCUUUCUUCCUCUUCCUCACAUGGAUCACCCUCAGGUUACAGCACUCUUCCUCUCACGUCUCUUCGUCGUCCUCUUCACAUCCGAAAUCGACGCUGAAGAGUCAUCCCGAUUUGAAAACCUUCGACGAUGACGAUAAGGUUAAUCUGGUCCGGUUCGGUUUGGCGUCGCUCUCUCCUGUUCGGAAAGACGACCGUGGAUGGUUGCUUGAUCCCGUUAUCCUUGCUCGUGAUUCUCAGCUCAAAGGUGGAGCCUCCUCGUGUGUUUCAAUUCAUGUUGGUGAAAUCCGGCCUGGUGGAUUGAGGGGAAACCACCGACACCAUACCUGUAAUGAGACGUUUGUCAUUUGGGGAGCCAAGACAAGAUUCAGGCUAGAGAACCACAAGGUCGAAAAAGGUUACGCCGAAGUGUUAAUUGGAGAGGAUGAAGUAGCCGUAGCGGUUAGUCCUAGUGGCACGGCCCAUGCUCUAGUAAAUGUCGAUCCUGUGCGUUCUACUUUCUUCAUUGGUUGCCAAGACAGUGAUAUGCAGAACAACAGCUCCACUAGCGACUACAAAAUAUGGAAAGAUCUAUAAACCAAAGUGGGGUUAGUUUAGUUUCUCUUGUUCAUUCAGAUUUUCAUUGGCCUUUCUUUCUUUCGAGAUUAUUUGUAUAGAAUAGUCUUUGCUUUUUUUUUUCUUUCUUGUCAGUCAUACUUGUUACCGUGAGUAAAAACCUGAAACUUGCAACGUUUAGGGUUCAUUCAGUGAGUUCGUAUGUAUAUUUGUUGUUUCUUCACACUUGAAUUUGCAAUACAAGUAUCUGAGGGACAGUCUCAUUGCAAAA